AUUCACAACUGGGCUCAGAGCUGUGUGAAGGAAAAACUGACAGGCUGCAAUUCUGAAUUUUAAAAUCUUCAUAAACCUCUCCUGUAAUUCCUGUGUAGAAAGGGGUCGUGUGCUAAAUAUAAACCUUUUCAGACAACCUAAGAAGAGAAACAGUCAGGGAGCUCAUGGUUAGGAAAAGAAAAACCCUAUGAACUGAUACUGUGGCGGCAGAUUACCAAAUGCUUUCUAUCAGUUCAGCCUGCAUUUAAGAGUUUAAUCUGGUUUUGAGUUGGAGUGGUGCUUUAGGUGACUUGGAGGCAGGUGGCUUUAGAGGACAUUUGACAUUUCACUUUUGGCAGGGUGAGGACAGAGACAGACUUUAUUUUGGACUGCGUUACGGAACUGGCAUCCAAGGGAAUCUGCUCUCGGAUGAAGUGAUGCUCAUUCUGAUCUGCAGUUCAUCUGAAUGUACGUGGAGCUUGGAAUAAGUUGAUCAGUAGGCAGCCACUUUGAAACCCAUUAUUAUUUGUUUCUUAGACACAUCAGUGGUGACAACUGACUUGCUAACAGGUAUGAAAUAAAAUGAGGAUUCACAACUUGACUGCAGAAUUACAAGCAGAUGAGAAUCAGCGAUCUGUUCCCUGCUGCAUGGCCUAGAUCCUCCACUGGGAAUGCAACAAAAACAGUGUCUCUGGAGCAUGACUUGAAUGUACUGAUGAGAAAAGGUAAUUCUCUAAUGGACCAAUGAAAGCCAAUGAUGACAAGUUGUGGUCAACAGUCCUUGAAUGUGCUGAUGGUUCUGCUUUCAUUACUCUUGUCAGCAGUGCUGUCCGCACAUUUUCGGGUCUGCGAGCCAUAUACGGACUACAAAGGUCGCUACCACUUUGGGUUUCACUGCCCCCGUCUUUCUGACAAUAAAUCUUACAUCUUUUGCUGUCACCAUAACAACACAGUAUUUAAAUACUGCUGCAAUGAGACAGAAUUUCAGACUGUUAUGCAGAUGAACUUAACAGGGAACGCAGAUGGAUAUAUGCAUAAUAAUUACAGCGCACUGUUAGGAGUUUGGAUCUAUGGCUUUUUUGUGGUGAUCUUGCUGGUACUGGACCUCUUAUAUUACUCUUCAAUGAACUACGAUAUUUGCAAAUUUUACCUGGCACGGUGGGGAAUCCAGGGAAAGUGGAUGACACAGGGACAGAGCCGAUGGAUUAACCCUGCUCAGGAUCCAAGCCAAGUACAGACACAGCCUCAGCCAGAGACACAGCCUCAAACUCAGCCACAGCCUCAAACAUCACAGACAAUACAUACUUUAAAAGGAGAUGCUUUAAGCCCACCCCUGAUGUCUUUUCAGAGUACAUCCGCCUGCAUUAAGCGGGGAAUGUAUGUUAGGAUCAGUAUGGAAACCAUCUGAGGGCUGUCCAAAGGCCUGUGUGGUCUGAAGGUCCUGGUGGAUGUACCUUCCGCAACCCAAACACCGUCAGAGACUGCAAGUGAACGAGAUUAAACGGUUGUGGCUUGCCUCACGGUGGUUCCUCCAGGUCACGGCUGAGGUGCAUGAGCUGGGCCCUUCCAUGCUCACUGGUCCAUGUAAGAAUCUGCAGUCUGGUUAGCCUGAGCAAGCUUUUAACAGCUGGAGAUCAAACAGCAACAAGCAGCAGGCAAAUUGUUACUACUGCUCCACAAAGUACAAGCCAGGGAGGUGAUAAAAUGAAGUAUUGUAAGUUGAGGAAUCAAAAGCCUGAUUACUGAAAAAACUUGUUCUCACACCCACGGGAAUAUUGUUAGUUAAUAAUGACUAAAAAAGGUCAGACUAACAAGGAAGAUCACGUAAGAGGAAGUGUGGGCCAGGGCAGCCUGGCAGUCUCUCCAGUUUCUCCGUGGCUGUGCUACGUUCCAGAUGUGAGGGGAACAGAUGAACGUGAUCUCUCUGCCUUGCUCUGACGAUGUUAAACUCCUUCCACACCUCCAUCAAGGAUGCAGAUCACAGGGAAUACUGUCUUGAAGUCUAACUUUUGCCUCUCUAUUCCCUGCCUUUCUGCACAACAGCACGUAGAGCCAAUGCCUGCUCUGUGAUCAGAUGUGUUAUGCUACAUGGCUCAUGGUUUCGGAAACCUGCUGGUUGUCCAGAAUCAGGAAAGGUAUCAGCCCAGCAGGGUAAACCCGUGCUUAUUUCCUUUAUGCAGUUGGAAUGGGCUAGACAAAGGCAAGUCUAUUUUACUUCCCCUUAUUAGAUGUUGCAAUCUGCUUUUGCUGUGAAUUCCUCCGGGUCUCAUUGUCUUUUGGACAACAAACAGAGUAGUUUUUAGCCUGCUGCUGUUCACCUGGUACUUGACACCUCUUCAAAUGACUACCAAAGCACUUAUAAACAAAGAGAGAAAAAAGCCUAUAAAAAUAUUGGCAGAGUUUAGAAGCCAGCAGGUAACUGAGCAUGUCCACAGCAACUGUGCAAAAAACAUAGGGAGUAAAUACUUUGCUGGUGGCUAAAAAGACUAUGUGAAACAAUUCCCUUUGAUACCAAAUUAUGAAACGGGAUACAGACUAUCACUGGAGCGAAAUACGUUCAGUAGGUCCUCUGCUGCAGUAAUUUGAGCUGCGCAUGCAGUCUUGCCUGUGUCACCUAGCUUGGGACGUUGGCACUGAAGUGGGUCAGCUGUGCGGUGUGAACAUGGCCAUAGUCCACCAAAAACAUUAGGCGCUGGGUUGGUGGGAGGGUUUUGUGCAGAGGCUGUUCUUGAUACGAGAUAUUUACAGUAACAAAGGGGACAAAAUCUGCUUCCUUCCAUUUUAAGUAAAGUGAAGAUAUGAAAGAUCUCAAAUUCACAUUUGCAAAAUUGCUACAUUAAACAGGAAUACAAUGAUACUGUUUUAAAGAUGAAAAAUUUUGCAUCACAGGGCAAAGCAUAGUUUUUAUUUACAGCCCCCUAUCUAGAUUUUUAUAUUACACUCAGAUUAAAUAUGGCAAACCAGAGCACCAGUAGUUUUUUUAAAAAGAUGGCAAGAAAUAAAAUUGAAUACUCAUAUAGUGCUUUUAUGAAAUAACUGCCUGGGAAUUAACAUCAUCUGGAGAAUCUGUCUGGUAACAGAUGUUAGGUGUGUUGGGCAACAUCUACCAUUAUAUGUGUGCCUCCAUUCCCUUAAAUACAUUGGGUUAGAAUAACAGAUAUUGUUGAAUAUAUUUUCUUCUAAAUAUUCUUGUCUAUUUGCUAGGAACUGCAUAACUGUAAAAAUAGAAAUUGCUUAAAAACAAAAGCACGGCUAAGGAAAUCACUUUCUGCUCCUAGAAGAGCCAGAUGCUGAAACUCAUUUUGCACUGCAUAUCCCUUCGGCCGGGCCUUGUAUUUGAUGUGGGGGCAGGAGACCAACAGCACAAACAGGCAGUGGGCUUGGAACCAAACACCUCAAAAUCUGCAAUGCUCUGGGUCUUGUUUACUUGCCUCACUACUAUAAUCAUGCAAAUAAAUAGGAAGAUUUAUUUUUCAUUUUUAUCAUUUGCAUUUAAGUAAUACUUAAGUUACUGAAUGCUUGCUUGCUUCCUUGUAUUUAGAAAUUCACUAUUAGCAUGUGAACUUAAGCCAAUAUGCAAGGUUUCUGUCCACCACAAUCUGAAUAUAGGCAAUCUUUGUGUAUAUUGAUAGACACUGCAUCUUUUGUUGAUACAUAUAUAAUAUAUAUUGUUCAUUUCAUGCCUUAUUCUCCUUUUCCUUUCGCUCUGUAAAGUAUAGACCCCAUAUUGCAACAUUUAUUUCUCUACAUUCUUGUUAACUGCAGAUUCAUUGGAUAUGGGCUGAUUGAUAUUCCCUAUUUUAGCUGUUUCUCAGCCUUUCCAUCAAACUGGGACUGUCACAUGCAUCAGCUUCAGGAAAGUCUUUCUUUUAAAUGGACUGUACAGUUGCAGUGAUUUAACUUAACUUAAAUGUGGUAAUGAAUUGUCAGAAAAUAGCAAUUAGAAGAAAAGUGAGUAUUUAAAAGGUUGUCUGAAGAGUACUGCUAAAUGAACUCUGCACCCUGAGAAAUGAAAGCUAGUAAAGAUACUGGAAACCAGUUCUGAACAUCUUCCGUAUUUAAAUUUUCACAUGUAUUUUGAGUAGAAUUUUUUGCAGCAAGAUCAUUACCUCAUCUACAUUAUAACAAAUCCGGAAUAACACUACUAAAGUAGCAGAUAGCAGCAUAAAAUUCGUGUGAAAUCAGAAGGCUCCGAUUAAGCCCACAAUUGCACUGCAUAAUGUCACAACACUAUAGCAUCUCACACAGGAAUGAGGGUGACAUCCCAAGUUUUAUCAACCAAUUCUAUCUUCUCUGUCACAAUAGAAACCACUUAAUUGUAAAAGACUCUGUAGUUAUUUUAGCAGUUACAAACUCCUACCCUUUAUAUCCUCUUAGGUGCCAGAUGUUCACCAUCAAUUGUAAUAGCACAUGCAUGUUUUACAUAUUUUAUAUAUGCACUGAAAAAUAAAAUAGCAAGGUUAUUCUAAAGGUCCUCAUUUAGAUUCUGAAGUAUCACAGAGAAACUUUAAAACAGCCCCAGCUACUUUGCAAGUACAGCUGAGCGCAACAGCUGAGUUUCAUACCCACACACAUUCAUGCAGUCUGGCCAUUUCUCUCAAUAGCACAUCAAAGGUGUCCAGGCUGGCUGAUUUCACUUUCACGUUGGCAUUUAAAAAGCUAAGUCAGGUGCUCACAAUCACUCCUGAUUUAGAUCUGUAAAUAGAAAUGUAACUAACUGAAAAUCAGCCUAGUUGUCUCUGACGUGCUUUUAAGAGUAGCUGGAUCUGAGUAGCAACAGCAAGGAGGUAUGAAGCAGUGAGUAGCUCCCAUGUUCUAUUGAAUUAUGCAGUCUCAGUUGUAUUAAGCUUUAACUGGCAGGGACCAAAACUUUUAUUACAUUGGUAAAAUUCAACUAAUUGUUUUUAGUUUUCUAGAGACUAAAUAAGGCAGAUGGACAAGCAAACAACAGGGAGAAUAAACAGCAUUGGUCAAAGAUAAUGCAAGUGGUAGAAGAAAUAAAAAGGGAGGUAUUAAGGAGCUGGAGUUAAUGAUCUAAACAGGCAAGCCUUCCUGUGUUUAUGCAAAGUUGCAACAGGAUUUCUAAGGAGAUUUAACACUCAGAGUUCUGAACUGAAAGAAAGCACUUUUCAAAAAAAAAAAAGGAAAAAAAAAGAAAGAAAAUUAUGGACAGAAUACUGUUCACCUUAAGUAGGCUAUGCCCCAGAGAACUUCUAAAACCACCUACAAAACAACUAUCUAUGUACACUCGGUGCUUUUAACAGAAGUGAGAAUGAAGGAGAAGAAAAAAAAAAACUCUCUGAAGUGAAAUCCCAUUGCUUUCAGUGUCUUGGAAAAUCAACUCCCAAAGUGCAUUUUGGAUAUCAAGAAACAGGUAACUCCCUAACUCAAGGAGGAACAAGCAGGUAGUAGAGCUGAAGAUCAUGUACAGACCAAUUUAUUAUUCUCAGAGUUAUUAUUAAACAAAAAGCCAUAUGUAAUAAAUAAUCCUUUUAUGGGGUUGCAGAGAAUCUUUUAGAGUAUGCUAAAAUUUCUACAUGAAAUAAUGGCAUACUAUGGAAUACCAGACAGUAAUGAAAUCAUCAUAAAGCUUAUGUGAUAAUGCUGAAUGCAUGACCAUAAAUGGUAACAAUGUCAGACAAUUAUUUGCAGUGAGAGCUGAGGUCAAGAUCUACCACAUCAUUACUUUUAUUGUCACUGUUCUCUGAUUAGAUCAUGACGAAAACAACUGCAGCAAGCAAUUAGGCAUUUCAUCAGAAAAGCGAUAAAAUGUGUUUGUAUGACCUUGGUUUUAUAAUGAUGUUUCACUGCAUGGUUCAAGAAAAGGACAGCAAUUAGACACAGUCAGUUUGUUCAUCAUUAGGAAGAUACCUGAUAUAUGGCUGUUUCACGUCUCAAAAGCAAAACAGGUUAAAAAGCAUUGAAAUUUGAGAAACAUUAGAGUCAUUUUACUGUUUAUUAAAGUCAUGAGAGAACGCUGAUGCCAAUCAGCAAACAAUUUUCAAGAACUUAAGAGGUUUUGGAGAAGUUGCAUGCUUAACACUGUCAUAAAUACAUAUACACAGAUAUCUACAACCAUAAUUGUGAAGAAAAUCUAUUAACUGCAGGAAGAACAUGCCUCUGAAAAGACUUCAAAAUCCACUAUAAAAAGUUUCUUGGAAACCAGAAAUGCUAAAGAGAUAAAACCAGUUUAACACAUUAAAUGGCAAGAAUAUGACAAAUGUCACUGGAACACAAUUAGAAAUGCUGCUGAUGUUAGUCCCAUGUCAGGUGAUAACGUGAUCCCAAAACAGAACAAGUGAGACGUGUUACUUUAAACAUCAGAGAAAUGAGUUUAAUCAGCACAACACUAUGCAGCCCCCACAGAGCAGCAUCAAAAGAAUAAAUGGUGGAAACUGGGCACCCAUUAUAAAAUACAGGAGGGUAAAAAUAACUGUAAAAAGUGGUUAUGUGUGAAAUAAAUAAGCUACCUCACUCUACUUCCCAAUAGGGUAAUCUGUUUCCUGGUGUUUGUGUAUAUUGGUAACCUUUACUUAGGCUCUAAAGAAUCUCAAAGGUGGAACGAUUAUGGAGACAUAACCGUUUACAGUAAGUGUUAAAAGCGGCAACGGAAAACUGUUUGCACAGCAGUUCAUGCGAUCACCUGGCAGAACAAUGACUGUUGAGCUCAAACCUAAAAGGGCACAAGGUCCAGCUACAAUUUUUCUUUCUGAAGGACUGGUGCUCUAGUACUAGUUGAGUAGUCUAUGCACAAAGGAGCCUUCAUAGUUAUGGGAAUUGUGUGUGUAAGUAGCUAAUCAUAUCUCUGAGCUGAAUUCUGUAUUAGAGCAAUUCCUUGCAGUCAUUAAAGUGAUGCUGCUCUGAGAGCUGACACACGCUACACAAGCUGCCUUCUUUCUGUUGAAAAUCAUUACUAUCAUGUAGCAGCAUGUGGAAAAGUAAUUGCAGUGAGCUUCAUCAAAAAUUACAGUAAAUUAAUUAAGCAGUCAUUAACUAUAUUCUGCGUUGAUUAGUGAUACAGAUUUUAAUCAGUCACACAGACGAGGGAGGCAAGUUAUUUUCUAUUGCAUUCCCAACUUCUCAUCUCUGGAAAAUGAUGAGUCACAGGGAGCUGCUGAACCCUGCACCUUUUAUCAUUCUUAUGCUAACAGCUCAUCUCCAGCACAGUUUCACCUAAAAAGUUCUAAAAUUGUGAUUGGAAAGCAGCUGGAGUUCACCCUUUUCGAUCACCAAAAACCUCCCAAACUUCUCUAAUGCUGCUGAAGUUAACAACUGAAAUGAACUAGAAAAAUACCUGCUUGAUUUGCAUUUUAAGACAUUUUAAAGAAAAUUACAUGAGGGGCAGUUGACUUUUUUUUUUUUUUACUAUUCACUGAAGCUUCUCAGUGCUCACAACAAAAAAUGGUGUCCCAAUUAAAAAGAGCCCCACCGGCUGCAUGAAUGAGUAAACGAAGACAAAAAUGUGGAUACAUUUUUGUGGAUGUGUUAAAAAUACAACCUAAUUGUGAUGCUAUUGAAAAAAAAAAAUAAACUUGGUUUGGCAUUUGCCAACUCUU